AUGGCCGUGCUUCGCGUUUUCUUACUGGUGCUCUCUGUGCUCAUUGCCGCCGCGCAUGUGGUCUCCGCUACAGCGCCGAUAUUCGAAUCUGAUCCUGCGCGGGAUGUUGGCGUCUUGGCGGCGGACGACCUGUCCUCCCCAGUGGCAGUCAAAGAUGCGUCCAUCUUACCACUGAUGCAGGAGAUCCGACGGAUGCUCAAGGGGAAGGCGGUCAAGGUGAAGAUCGGGCCGAGUGAAAUGAAAGCCAUCGCUGAGGUUGGAAAGGAGCUUGCGAAGUAUUCUAAGAAGGAAUGGGAUAGGAUGGUGAAAGACAAAAAGAAGCAAGCGGAAAAGCUGGAGAAAGGGUGGGAGGAUACCAAGAAGGCAGCGAAUGAGGUGAAGCAGGGGUUUGAGAAGGUUGGGGAAGGUGCCAGGAAGGCAGCGGACGACGUGAAGCAAGGGUUCGAGAAGGCCACAAACUUCUUUGGAAAUCUCGGACGCAAUCGGGCGGGCGGCACGCUGGCGGUGAUGCAGAGGGCAGUGGCCGCCCACUGCUGGAGGGCUGCCACGUGUAGCGCUCUCAUUGGCCGCCCACGGCCCCGACCUUCCACCCUGGCACAGCUGGUGCAGACGCUGUCAGAGCGCCAGGCCGCCCAGCGUCUGUCACAUCUGCGCGCGCUCAUCAGCCACGCCUCUGCCCUGCCUGUGGACCUGCGCCCAGAGAUCAAGGUGAGCAGCGAACCUGCUGCUGUCGUCAUGGAGAAUGCUGAUCAAACCCUGCGCCGCGCUGUGGCCCGCCUGGCAUCGCGCCUCAAGGCUGAUACCGCUGCAACUACUCCUCCUGCCACUCAAUCGCCUCCUCCCACCGCACCACCCACUGCAUCGCUGCUCACCGCACCCUCUCCCGCACGCACAGCGACGCCUCUGGCUGUAGCAAAAACUGUAGCGCCGUCAGGCAAAGCAGCUGCGACAGCACGUGGGGGAAUCGGCACCGCAGGUGCUGCCUCGGAACUGAAGGCGUCCGGGCUGAAAGGCUCUCGCAGUGCCAAGCAGAAGCUGGCAGCAGGCGGGGAAGGCAAGGCAGUGCGUGUGGCAGCUGCUGCUGGCACAGCAGCUGGCACUGCUGCCUGCUCUGUUGGUACCACUGUCCCCUCUACUGGUAUGACUGCCAGCUCGACCGCCAAGGUUGCCAGCUCAGCAGCCAAGGUUGCUAGCUCAGCAGAAAAGGCUUGCUGCCUAGAAGGGAAGGGCGGUGAGGGUCAGAGGAGGAAAGGCAGGGGAGAUAGCCAAGAUAAGAGAAGUGGAGACAGGGUGCGGGCGAUUGAGAGUGCCAUGCCAGGCACACGCACAGCAGGCCAGGGGAAGAUGAGCCCUCGGCCACAUGAAAGCGCAACAGCAGGCCAGGGGAAGAUGAGCCCUCGGCCACAUGAAAGCGCAACAGCAGGCCAGGGGAAGAUGAGCCCUCGGCCACAUGAAAGCGCAACAGCAGGCCAGGGGAAGAUGAGCCCUCGGCCACAUGAAAGCGCAACAGCAGGCAAGGGGAAGAUGAGCCCUCGGCCACAUGAAAGCGCAACAGCAGGCCAGGGGAAGAUGAGCCCUCGGCCACAUGAAAGCGCAACAGCAGCGGCAGCAGAGGGUGUGACAGUUGGCAGUGCGUGGCAGCAUGGCAGAGCGAGUGAGAGUGAGAGUUUGGGGCGAGAGGGUGCAGCAGGUGGUGCAGAAGGUGGGAGCAGGGGAGGCGGGGUGGUGGAGGGAGGGGCGGGUAGAGGAAGGCGGUCGGUGCGCAGCACAGCAGGCCGGCACCCUGGCUUCGAUGGCUUCCUGCUGCUGCCCCGCAUCCGAUGA